CAGAUGAACCCGCACUUCUAUCGUCUGAGAGCUGCGAGCCUAGCGGGAGCCACGUCUUCUCGGAGGCAAAACGGAAAGUCCACCACCCCCACAAGCGCCUGGAAAUGCCGAGGGAGACAAAGAGACAUCAGUGCUCAUACUGCCCGUACUCCAGCAAGGAGAGGUCGACGGUGACCAGGCACGAGAGGUCCCACACCGGCGACAGGCCCUACGUGUGCCAGGUCUGCCACAAGAGCUUCGCCCGUUCAGACCAGCUGACCGCGCACCUGAACACGCAUACGUCGGAGAGACCGUACAAGUGCGCCGUCUGCUGUCAAGGCUUCGCGAGCACAUCCGGACUGUCGCACCACAGGUUCAAGCACCUGGACGCCACCACGCAUGCGCACCGGUGCCCCGAAUGCGGCAAGGCCUUCGCUCGCAAGUAUGCCCUGACGACGCACCUGAUGACGCAUACGGGCGAAAAGCGCCACGCGUGCGGUGUGUGCAGUCGCAAGUUCGCGCAGAGAAGCGGCGCCAGAAAGCACGAAAGAGUGGCGCACGGAGCUGCGUCGGGACCCCAGUUGUUAAAGGCGACCGACGUACCGGGAGAGCAAGGCGGACUUCUCUCCAGCCCGCGUGCGCUGUGAGCCCCGCCAAGAGCACUGUUGUAGCAGUAAGGUCGCCAGGCAGUGAUUUGUGAUGGUCUAUAGCAUACGAAAUUGAAAGCACGCUCUCGGCGUAGUAGUGGAAGCCGGUACGUCGAAAACGAUGUGAUGCUCAAAUCAUAAUGUUGGGCGAACGAACGUAGUACAAAAGUUUUCACCAUAAUUAAUCGUUUAGAAUACCAUGGUAGUGGAAUAGCAGCGCGAAAAGGACGAUAUUACACUAAUCCUAUUCGUUUGUGAUCCUGUCCCGUGUGUGCUGCUUCUAUUACUAUAGAGAAUUGCCAACUAACCCAAUCCAUCACGCGCCUGCGUUCAGAAUAUGUUGUCCUCGUGGGUAAGCUGCGGAGCGAGCGAUAUCUAUUAAAACUAGGAGCCCAGUAUGCUUCUCGCUUAAAGUGUGUGUGCAGUCUGAGCAAGGCUGAUAUUAACUCCUUGAUGUGUGUUCUUUGUACACAGUUUCGUUAUGAACGACUCGACAGAUUUCUGAAUGUUUUAUAACCUAUCUUCCUCUGGUGAC